AUGGAACCAGAGGCAUACAUCAGGUCCGCGUGGCAAGAGGCUGCCAUGUUGCCACUCCCGGCUUUGAUAUCAUAUACCCCAGGAGGCUGUGAGAUCGUUCUCAAUGAGAAGAUGGAUCAAAACUGGUGUUCAAGCUUUGUCGAGCCUCGGAUUGGGACGAACCACCCUCCCGUUGCUGCAGCGUUCGUGAAGAUGAUUGGCGUCUGGGCCAAGGUCCAGCUUUUGGUCAACGAUUGCUCUGCUUCCUCGACGGCUCAAAAUCUCGAUUCUGUGCAAAAACUCUCAAAUCUCGCAACCUCGAUCUUUGAAACUACAGUGUCCAGUCGACAGCAAACCGGUGACGCUGAUCCGGCCUCAGAAGACAAGAUUUUGAUUUUAUUUUUUGAAGCCCUGUACCACCAGUGCCUCAUUACUUUGCACUCAAUAAUUGUCCCUUUAUUUUCAAGCACGUCGACAGAGCCGACAACAGACCUUGAUGUCGUGAAAAACAGCGCGGAUAAGAUAACAUACCAUGCAGAUAUGUUUGAGCGACUUUUGGCUCCUUAUCUGUAUGGCAAAGACGACGUCACAAUCCUGCCACCUCUUGUCAGUUAUGGUGCUUUCAUAACCGGGAUUGUGUUCUUGGCUAUUGAGAUCUCCCAUCGCGAGGAGGCAUCGCAUGUGAGGCCUGCGGGGGCAUACACAGCAGGGAACAGAUUAUCUGCGGUCAAGGCUAUAUUGCGUUUACUGGAUACACUUCGAGUUUACUGGAGAGCUUUGCAACGUCCGUGGGAAAGACUUAAUGCUGCCUUACAGGUAGAUCUCUCAACCUACCGAAGACGAUGCAAGACAGCUACCCAGCAAAGCAAUCUGUCAGCAACACAUGUUCCCAGAAACUACGAACGCAAUUCCCCGGAUUCCAUCGUUCCACCUCGUUCUACACCGACAAAUCCUAUCGAUGCGCAACAGCCUGGCACACUGGAAACUGCCAAUCUAGCAACACGCCCCUCGAGCGAACAGGCACGUCCCUGGCUUGACCAAAACACAAUAGAUCCAUACGCAUUCCCACAAACCCCGCUCACGAUCAGAGAUGAUGGGUAUGACUUUGAGCGGCCAGGUGAAACUGGGACCAGAGUCUCGUUCCCAGCACAAAACAGCAUGCCACUCGAUGACCCUUGGUACAAUUUGUCUUUUGCAGAAGCCGGGAUCGAGGAGUUUGCUGGGACUGAUCCUUCUACGCUUUUCCAGCAAGGAUGGAGGAUUUUCAGCUGA